UUUUACAUUGAAUAUAUAGUUGAUGGGUUUUUCUUCGAUCCAUCUUUAGUUGAAGGGUUUUUCCACUAAAUAACGAAUUUCUGUGUCUGUCUGUCUCUUUUCUCUUGUCUUCGUGUUUCCAAAUCUUUCUACAGCACAGUGCCCUGUGGGGUUUUCCCCAUGGAGCCUCCUCUCUCUCUGUCUCUCCUCCUCCUAGGUUUCCGGGGAAAACCACAAUUCACGAGGCAUGAUCAUUUUCCCCACUUGCAACAAUUUCUGGAGAUUUCGGACGAUGAUCCCCAGAUUUUGGGAGUUUAACAACUGAAAGUUUUGUUGGGACCAUAGAGGAAAAUCUAACACUGUUUGGUAAAAGGAGAAGGAAAUCGGCACUUUUUCUGAACAAUGCCUACUCAGACAUCUGGAUCGGAGAAGAAAGACGCCGGAGAAGAUGAGCUCCGAAGGAAUCCGUAUGAAGUCCUCGGCAUCCCCAGCAAUUCGACCGAUCAAGAGAUCAAGAGUGCCUAUCGAAGAAUGGCUCUCAGGUACCAUCCUGAUAAGAAUCCAAACGAUCCGGUCGCAGCGGAUAUGUUUAAGGAGGUUACAUUUGCAUAUGAUGUCUUGUCUGAUCCCGAGAAUCGGCGUCAAUAUGAUACAAUCGGCUCUGAGACUGUUGGUCCAGAAAAUGAAGAUCUUGAGCUCGAUCUUUCAAGCUUAGGAGCUGUUAAUACAAUUUUCGCCGCGCUGUUCAAUAAGCUUGGUGUGCAAAUCAAGACUACUGUCUCAGCAAAUUUAUUGGAGGAAGCCUUGAAUGGUACGGUCACUACUUUGCCUCUUACGGUGGGGCAAGUUUUGUCUAGGAAGGUUGAAAAGCAAUCGGCUCACUUUUAUUCUGUUACCUUAACAGAGGAAGAAGCUCAGGCUGGGUUGAUAUGUAAGGUGUAUUCAUCUGCUAAAAACAAAUUCAAGGAAGACAGCAAGAAAACAGGAAAGCUCUCUACCGCAGGGUUGUAUUUUUUCGGCUUCCCUGUUUAUCGUUUCGAUCACAGGGUUAAUUCAAGGGCUCUCUCAAGGGAUCCAGAGACCGGGUUUUUCAAAAGGCUCGAUGCAUUCCAACCGUUUGAAAUCACUGAACUGAAACCUGGAUCUCAUGUCUUUGCUGUUUAUGGUGACAAUUUUUUCAAAAGUGUGAGCUACACUCUAGAAAUAUUCUCAUCUGCUCCAUUCACUAACGAGAAAGAGAGUCUCCGGUCAACUGAAGCGGAGAUAGUCUCUAAAAGAACAGAGCUCUUGAAGUUUGAAUCUGAAUACCACGAGGUCUUUGCACAGUUCACAGAGAUGGCUAGUAAAUGCGCAGGUGAAGUACAAGAGAUCGAUGAGCUUCUCAAGAGGAGGAACGAGAUAUGCGCAGCUUACACAAUCUUCCCACCGACGAAGCAAGGUACAAGCAAGAACAGAAACUGGAGCAAAGGAAAGAGCAGGAAGAAGAGCAGUCUUUUAAUGGAACCUAGAGAAGAAGGAGAAGUCACGGUUAGGGCAGAAGAUGGAGUGAAGAAGAAGAAAUGGUACAAUAUUCAGCUUAGGCAAGACAAGAAAAAAACCUGAAGAGAAUACUUAAAUCUUGAGUUUCUUUCAGGCACACAGCUACAUUCCAAAAAGUUGAUAUAUAUUAUACUAUUAACACUUUAUAAGAAAGGUUUCGUACGGUUCGCCGGAUUCAUCUCUUUGUACGCUUCGCUGGAUUCUGGUUCACGUACUGCUCAGCUUCUUCUUCGUCGGAAGCUUCGGUGAAUUCGUAUGUGUCCUGCUGGUUAGUGACAACAUCUUCUUCGUCACCAGAUCCUCGUUUACCAUAUCCACCAUUGUUGUUUCUUUCGGAUUCGUCCUUCCAGAUCUGGACACCGCAUUCAACAAUCUCGAAUUCGCUGCUGAACUCGAACACUAUCUCUCUGCUCGUCACUUGUCGUUCUUCUUCAAACAAGUAGGAGGGAAACAGAAACAGAUGUUUUUUUUGGAUCCUGGGAAUAGCGUAAACACUGAUCUCCUCAAUGGGGAUGUAUACGUCGUCUUUCCUUAUACGACGACAAAACAGUUGUUCAGAAUCUCUGGUUUGCUGGUUAGGAGAAAUCACGACACAAACCUUGAGAAUGGUAAGAGGUGUGUUACUCGUCGGGCGUAUGGUCAAGGAACUUCCUCUAGCUCGGUGAUCAAACUCUACAGGCACUUCUCUUCCCGGUAAGCAAGCCCAACCCUGAAUAAAUGGUUGGGUUAUAAUCACUCUUCGCGCUUCUCUAUCCAGUUCGAAGCAGUUUGUGUAGUUGAGUUGCACGUACGGAGUGCUAUGAGGGCAAGUAUCUCUCUCCAUUGCUUCACAUUCUUUCUUACACGAAUCAGGUAAUAGUGCGACUUUUCUGCAGCUCUUUAGAAAAAGUUGUACCCGAUGGAAACUUUUCUUGCAAUAUGGAAUCCUCUCAACACCAGUGUAGCUUAGGUGUAGAUGCCUUACACUUCGGGGAACAUGUGUUAAUGUAUUUAGCAUUCCGUUGCUGACUAUGUGGAGAACACGAAGACGAGACCAAAGUUUAAUGGAUGCAGGAACUUGUUCUACGUCUGCCACUGAGAUAGAGAACUGUGAGAUGUUCCUAGAGAUGUCUGGGAACGUUCUCAGUCUUUGGCAUGCAGUCAUAUUAACCGAUUCAAGAGACGCCAAGUUCAUGUGACUUGGAAUGAAUUCUAGCUUUGUGCAGGCAAACAUGCUCAAUACUUUUAGCUUGUGAAGAUUCGAAAAAGAGGAGGGAAUCUCUACCAAACUCUUACAGUCAUCCAGAUUCAAUCUCUCCAGAUUGGUUACAUUUGAAAGAUCUGGGAGCUCUUUCAAAUGAUAGGACAUUGACAUAUCCAUCUUCUUGAGUUUUGUAAGCGGCUGAAUGUCCUUCCCAAAGCUUCUCGAGCUGGCUAUUCCGCAUAUGAAGUUCGACGAGGUUUUCUAGAUGAAAUCUCAAGGGAAGACUCUUUCUCGGGUAUGCCUCCCAAUGUAGUAACCUAAGACGAGGUGGAAACUCCAAGUCCUCAGGAAUGCACACUCUCUCAUUCUCAUCGGUUACACUUAGGAAUUGAAGGUUAAGCAUUCUCUUAAAAGCUCCUUCGCUUACAAACACUUUGCUGGUUUCGGAUGUAUCAAAUGAUAUGGCGGACAUGGUUCUAGUACCCUAAACCAAAUUCAAAAACAUCGCAAAUCUCAUGAGCAUCAAUUAAGAUGUGGCGUUUCCAAGGUUCUUGUCUGUAAAUGACUUGUCUACCCAUUUGUUGUAGUAAUUUGUGCAUCACUAUAUCUCCAUUGGUAGAUAUGUCUAUGAGAGAUCUAUUGACUAGGUUUCUCAACCCAUAUUGGACAUCCAAAUUACAGUCACCCAACAUGGUUUUUACAUAAUCUUCAUCUUUGUAGUUGAAGAAGAUUGCAAUGUGAAGAAACAGAGCUUGAUCUUUCUCAUGUAAACUAUCGUAUCCAACUCUUAAUACUCUCUCGAGAUCUCCAUCAAGACUAGUUUCUAGCCUACGCAUUAUCACUUCCCAUUCAUCCUCACUUUUCCCGCGUAAAGAUGAACCCACAACACGGAGUCCCAAUGGAAGAUUACUGCAAAGCUUUGUUACUCUUAUUUCAAGCUUUUCAAAACCAUUAUGUGGAGAGCUUUUUUUAAAAGCAUAUCUACGAAAGAUCUCAAGAGCUUCUUCAUUAGACGGAAAGCCCACAUGAUAUGUAUUGUUGAUGCCAUAUCGUUGCAAAAGCUCUCGAUCUUUCGUAGUCACAAUAAUCCUACUUCCAGAACCAAAAUGAUAAAUAUCCUUAGCCAAAGCAUCUAAUUGCUCCAGGCUAUCUACAUCAUCAAGAAUGAUGAGAACCUUCUGAUUGUGUAACCUUUCAUAUAUCACAUUUAAGUGACAUAUCUUCAUUCUGUUUUGGUUAAAUAUAUGUGAAAGAAGCCGUUCUUGUAAACGUAGCUUUGAACCAUGCUCAUCACAAUCAAUACUCCUAUAAAUUCCCUUGACAUUUUCCAUGAAAUAUCUUAGUGGAAAAUCGCAAGAGAGUUGGUUGUAUAAAGCUCUCGCAAUGGUAGUUUUACCAAUACCCGCAGGACCAGAGAUUCCAAAAGUCAUAGCUUCAUCAUUUUCUAAAUGUAAAAAUAAUUGAAUUUUCGCCAAAUGAGCUUCAAGUCCUACCAUCCCAUCAAAAUCCCUAGAUGGUGUAUCAUUUAGUUUGUCUGAAACAUCUCUGGUAAUCUUCUCAAUCAUGUUUGCUUCAUUGUCCCUAACAUGGGAGUGUUCUCCAGCUAUGUUGGCGACAUGGGUCAAAGCUUGGAUCCAACUCUCAAUCUCCGUCUCUCCUGUUCCUUGGCAAGUUUUCUUGAAAGCUUUCCCAAACUCUCCCAUCUGUUUCCUCACAUCACAUGGAUCCACUUUGUAGAAAACCGUCAUCACUAUUUGGCCUACAGAUUCUUGGCACUUUAAAAUCUCAACCAGCUCGUUCAAACACCAACUUGAAGUUGCAUAGUUCUCUGAGAGCACAACCAUCGAGAUUCUCGAUUCUCUUAUCGCUUGUCUGAGCUCAGAACCUAUGGUUUGGCUUCUCUCGAUCCCUUCAUCGUUGAACGUUAUAAUCCCAUUGUGUUCACACUGCUUUUUUAAAUGACUUAGAAAUGUUACACGGACGUCUGGUCCAUGGAAGCUCGGGAAGACGUUGUAUCUCCAGCUGCGAGAAGAAGAAGAAGAAGAAGAGGCCAUGAGAGAUUGAAAGGGUAUAUAAUUAAAGAGAAAUUGAAGACAACAAAUCAGAUUGUUAAAGGUAUAUGUAUUAAGAACAAGUCAGUCUAUUAAACGCAAACGCGUCAUGACUGGAGAAACUAUAAAGAAAAAAGGUAUUUUUCUUUGUUUCCAUGUCAA